AUGGCUUCUAUUGCCUAAUAGAUACUUGUAGUUUUCUAAAAGAAUUACAUGGUUUAUUUCUAAGAAAAGCAAUUCAUUGGUGAAUUUGCAGUGCCAAUAAUUGUGUUCGCUAUGCUGAUGGUGGCACAAAAGGAGAAUAAUCCUGUUUUCCUUGAAGUAGUGGCUGAGUUUGUACCUAUGACCUUUCUGGCGACAUCUAGAUAUAUCGUGAUAUAAAUGAUAGCUGAAAAGAGCGAAAGACAAAAAGAGAUUUAAAAGAUUAUGGGUUUAAAAGGAUCAGCAUAUUAAUUAGGAUGGCUUCUAUUUAAUUUCUCAAGAUUGAUAUCAGUUUGCUUUAUAUUUUUGUUGUUAACAGUACCCUCCAAUUGUUUUGCUCAUCCCAAACUUGGUCAAACAUAUUUGGAUUCAGGUUAAAUUAUUGGAAGUUUUAUUUUGUUUGGCUUAAGUUAAUGUUCUUAAUCAUACUUCAUAACUGCUUUGUUUGAUUAACCAAGAAGUGGGGCAGACAUGUCAGUCAUAGUAACCAUUAUUGGUUCAUUUUGUGCUCAAUUAUUAAAUGUUGGAAACGUGAAUAGUAAUGGAGGACUUCUAAUACUUCUGGGAUUUUGUUUUCCAACUUUUGGUUUUGAUAUUUUUGUCUUUCCUUAAUUGGGAGGCAUAGUUAAUUAGGACUGGGGAAUUAGUAUAGAAGGUUAUUUUGUAUUAUAAGCAUCCACUGCUUUGAUCUAUGCAUUCCUGUAUUAUUACCUUGAAUAAGUAUUGCCUAAUGAAUAUGGUACUAAUAAACAUCCUCUAUUUUUCUUUGGGUUUAAAUAUCAAACAGAAACUGAUGUGUUAUCGUCAUCAUAUGAGUUAGGAGGAAUGGGAAAACCAUUUAUUAGCAAUAGAUAAUCAGAAUUUUAGGAGGAUGCAAGCUCUGCUAUUUAUCAUGAAGUUUUUGAGAACAUCAAACAAAAAGCAAUCUAAAUUAAGAAUGUUAGAAAAAGUUAUGGAGAACUUAAGGCUGUAGACGGAGUUACAUUAUAAAUUUAUGAUUCGCAAAUUCUGUGUUUGUUAGGUCAUAAUGGAGCAGGCAAAACUACUUUGAUCUCUUUACUAACUGGAUUAAUAAAAAGGGAUAGCGGACUCAUCUCAUAUUAUAAUACUGAUACUGAUUUCGAGGAUAUUAGAUCUUAUUUGGGUAUUUGUCCUCAAAGAGAUGUCCUCUAUGAUUCAAUGACAUGCGAUCAACACUUAUGGUAUUAUGGAAAGAUUAAGGGAAUUGAAGAUAAAUAAUUGUACUUAGACAUUGAUUUGAUAAUUAAUAAAUGCGAUCUUUUAAAUGACAGAGCUAAACUUGCCAAGAAUUUAUCAGGAGGAACUAAAAGAAAACUAAGUUUAGCUAUAUCUUUAAUCGGUUAAUCAAAAGUAGUCUUUUUAGAUGAGCCUACCUCUGGCAUGGAUCCAAUUUCAAGAAAAAAGAUCUGGGAUAUUCUAUUACAAGUUAAGAGUGAAGGAAGAUGCUUAGUGUUGACAACUCAUCAUUUGGAUGAAGCUGAAGUUCUCUCAGAAAGAAUAGCAAUAAUGGCAAAAGGGAGACUACUAACUGUAGGUUCAGUUGAUUUUGUCAAAGUCAAUUUUGGAAUUGGUUAUCAUCUCAAUAUUUAUAAUAAAGGAAGUUCUGAUUGGGAGAAGAAAUCCAAAAAUAUAUUAGCUCUAACAAAAAAAUGCGUUCCUUCAUCUAGAGAGAAUCCUCAAACUCCUUAAGAAUGCUUAAGUUUCUCAAUCAAUUUUGACAAAAAGGAGGAGCUCUUACCCCUAUUCCAAUAAUUAGAGAAAGAUCCAUAAAUUGAAUUGAACUUGAUUAUGAAUACUUUAGAAGAGGCAUUCAUUAACAUCGGAAUGGAUGAAGAGACUUUCUUAUAAAAAAAAGUCUAGGGUCUUUAGGCUACUUAAGAUACUACUUAAGUUAAUUUGAAUGAAGAGUUAAAUAAAAUAGUCCCACCCUCUUGUUUGAGUAGACCUCCUAUUUUUAACUUUGGUUUACAGUUGUGGUCAUGUCUUUUAAAAAAGCACUAUAAUGUAACCACAAAGAGACUGAUAAUUGGGAUCAUUAUGCCAGCUGUCUUCAUUAUUUUAGGACCACUUUUAUCUACAGUUUAUUAUAAGUCAUUUGUAAAUAAAAAUGCUGAAUAAUACGAAAAUGAAUUUUAUGAGAAUGCAUUAGCUGUGUUUGAUUCAUAUGGUUAUAUCAUUUUGGGGAUAGCAAUAGCCAGCUCAUAGGUAGGCAGUCAACCUGUUGAGGAAAGAGAAAAAAAGCAGAAAUAUGCAUUAAAUGUGAUGGGAUGCAGAAUAUUGCCAUUUUGGUUAGGCUAUUACAUUUAUGAUCUGUUGAUAAGUAUAAUUUUACUGGUGAUCUUUAUAAUAACAGUAGUGGCAUGUGGUUACACAGAAUUAAACAAUGGAGUCUUUUAUACAUUGGUGUUUUUUAAUUUCUUUGCUUACUUACCAUUUUCAUAUAUGUUGUCUUGGAUGUUUAAUUCAUUCAAUUCAGCUGUUAAAUCUUUACUGAUUAUUCAAGUGAUUGGAUUUUAUUUGAUUGCCAUUAUAAUUUAUUUAGUGUCAUUUAAGAAUGAAGCUGGACUAUGGAUCCUAACAUUCGUAUGUCCUUCUUUAUCCUUUUUCUCAGGAUGUGUAACCUUUUUAAAUGGUUUAAAACUAAUAGGUGCAAAUGGUAAGGUGCAACAUGUAAGUGCUUUUGGCGAUGACAUUAGACCAUACGUUUUCAUAAUCAUUCUAUUUUUCUAAGGUCUAGCUUAUUUUGGAAUUACUCUAUUGCUUGAUAAUAGACAAUUGUUGGCUGCUAAUAAUAGUGGUUAAUUAGGGACAAUAUCUGAUUAAGAUGUAUUGACAGAAGAGCAAAGAGUAUUGGAUUAAAGAUGUUAAGAUAGAAUUUUGGCUAGAAAGAUUUCAAAAACAUAUGCGAAUGGAUUUUAAGCAGUCAAAGGAACAUCCUUUGGUGUAGAACCAGGAACAAUAUUUGGAUUACUAGGACCUAAUGGAGCUGGUAAAUCAACUACCUUCAAUAUGAUAACAUCAAGAUUGAAGCCAUCCUCUGGAAAUAUUUACUUAGAAUAGGUGGAAAUUAAAAAAGGUUUGGGAGAAGUGUAUUAAAAUGUUGGAAUUUGUCCACAAUUUGAUAGUUUAUAUGAUAUUGUAUCAGUCAGAAGACAUCUCUAAUUAUGGGCAUAUUUGAAGGGAUUGAAGGGAUAAGAAUUAGAAGAGUCAAUCUUGUAUUUCUUAAAGGUGAUGUAACUAGAGAACUAUGAAAAUUCAUUGGCUGGACAAUUAAGUGGAGGGAACAAACGAAAGUUAUGUGUGGCAUUGGCUCUUAUGGGUGGAACAAACAUGUAAUUCUUCGAUGAACCAUCUUCUGGCGUUGAUCCAAUUGCUCGUAGAUUCUUGUGGAAUGCUAUCCAAUAAGGUGUUAAAUUAAGAUAGAGUUCUGUUAUUUUAACCACACAUACUAUGGAUGAAGCUGAAAGUCUGUGCAACAAAAUUGCCAUUCAAGUUAAUGGAGCUUUUGCUUGUAUAGGAUCUGUCUAACAUUUGAAAUAGAAAUUCGGUGAAGGGUACAGAAUUGUAAUUGAUCCAAUUAAUCAAGAAAGUGUCUCAUAAAUAUAACAAUAAUUAUCCCAAAACUUUGGAAAAAUAGAUUUUAAUUUGGAUGAACAUACUGGAAAGAUCAUUUGCAAGUUUCCUAUUCAAGGAUUCUAAUUUUACCAAACAUUCUACACCUUUUAAUAAGUCUUACUAAAUGAGUUAAAACUAAUCAAAGACUUUUAGAUAAGUUAACCGAACCUCGAAUAGAUAUUUGUUCAAUUUGCAGCUUAACAAGUUGCUGAACAAGAGAAAGUGCAAAUUCAAAAGAAUUGUUGUUCAAUACCUAUUCUCUGUGGAAAUGAUGAGGAUAAUUGA